UAUCUGCCGACUUCGUUCUACAGUACGUAGCAUUGCCAUGCAGUGUGAUCAAUCAAUUUUUGCUCCACCUGCACUGUCCCGCAUCUGCGUGCUGAUCGCAACUUUGCGCAGGCAGCAACAAUAGCAUCUAAGUGAUCGCGACCGCCGCCGCCGCCAAUAAUGGAAGAAACACAGCCACGGACACGGCGACGGUAUCCCGUCGACAAGUAUGGACCGAAAUUUUUCGACAAAUCCGAGCACAUGCAGGGUCGUGCAGCCGCCAUGAAGGCUGCUAUGAAUGGUGAUGAGUCGUCCCAAUCAGAGCCCGCCGGAGGCUUCGAUAGCACGCCUUAUCCCCACGCGCCGCCAGGCUACACUCUCAAGUUCACCUUUCACCGUGGCGUCAAUCUUCCUUGCGCAGACUUCGGCAGUUUUUCUUCUGACCCAUAUGUGUUGGCCCAGUUAAUUGUCGACUUGCCUCAACGCCACAAGCAGGACCCUCUUCUUUCCUUCCGGACCCCAACUGUGCGCAAAAACCGGGAUCCAACAUGGGAGAGUGAGUGGAUAGUCGCCAAUGUCCCUGCUUCCGGUUUUCAAUUAAAAUGUCAAGUUUAUGACGAAGACGCUGCCGAUCACGAUGACAAGCUCGGGAAUGCCUACGUCGAAGUGGAUGCGGUCCGUGACCAUUGGCCCGGAAUCAAGGAGCAGUCAUUUCGCGUCAAGAAGCGCAUGGGUAGCAAACGCGUCUAUUUAUUCGGAAACAUCGCUGCGCUGGCCUCGCGGCGCCUAGAUGUCGGGUCACAUCUAGUCAUCAGCGUAGAAUGCUUGGGGAAAACACCAGGUGAUGAAGGAGCUCAUAUGUACACUGUUGGGCCAAACUAUUGGUUCAAGCAUUUCUCUCCUCUAAUUGGAAGGAUAGCGGGGACUAAAGAUGAGGUCCAGAGCCGACAUGGUAAGAAGAAAACAAUAAGUCGCUACAACUUCCAGGCAAUUCAGAUCCAGCUCAAAGGCCCUGUACCCACUGAGCUCUAUCAUCGUUAUGUCGAGUUUAAACCAUUUGUGGCCGGGAUGUUCACAUCACACAGCCUUCGUGGGAGGAUACUCAACCGGGCGCUACAUCAUCAACAUGAGCGUAUCUACAACUUCGACAAGACAACGCUGAAUGGUCAAUUUUCCUCGCCGUGCAUUGCACUCACACAGAAGUUUCUUGACUUCGUUCAUUACGCACAGGGCGGGAGAAUUUUCACAUAUGUUAUCACGCUGGAUGGGCAAUUUCGCUUUACAGAGACGGGAAAGGAAUUCGGAAUCGAUUUACUCAGUAAGCACACUAUGCACAGCGAUGUAUCGAUAUAUAUCGCAUAUUCUGGUGAGUUUUUCUUGCGUCGGAAGCAUCGCCGUCAUCGGUACUCGGAAACUACACAUCAUUCGGGAGGUAGUUACUCCGGCGACGAGCUACUGGAAGACUCGGAGAUGUCAACUGAUCCAGCCGAUUAUGAGCUCUUCAUCGACAAUGACAGCGGAACAUAUCGCCCAAACAGCCAGUGUCUUCCCAUUUUGAAGCGGUUCAUCUCAUCAAACCUCUCUGGUCUUCACGUUACCACGCUCGAUUGCAAGGAAGAUGCAGCCCAGAUGGAAGCUUUGAAAAAUGAACAAAGGGAGUUCAAAAAGAGUGAAGGCAAUCAGAUGAUAUUCCUCCAGCGAAGCAACAGCUCGUCCCUUUCUUCUAUAUCCAGUUCAGACCAGGAGGAGCUGGAUGAGCGCAGUGGCGCACGCCACAAGAAACGAGGCGAUUUUGCGCAAAAGGCAGACAAUCAUGGCAGCCCUAAUGAGCCUGAAAGGCCUUUAGGGUCACAGAGGGCCGUAUCCGCUGGUGAUUCGGGAACAUCGAGGGCUACUGGAGAAUAUGGUGUGGAUGAACGGACAUCUACUCUUUGAUGGCCGAGAUUAACCAGCCUUUAUGCUCGCCAUAUGCCGACAACAUAGUCUACUAUACCAUGCAUUAAGUCAACAGGUUCUUAAUUAAUGGGCUGCCUACAGUCACCUAGGGAUUUGGUACAAACGGGCUCCCUCGGGGAGUCGCGCACCAUGAGUUUACGGGCGGGCAUGGU